GAUCAGCUUAUCAAGAGAUAAUGAGCCUCGUUGAGUCAUGUCUCUGAGUCUGAUUCUUUUCUGAAUGCAACCUUGCUUUGCGGUUGAAGUCUGCAAGCCUGAGUCAAAUCCACGUAGAUGAGUGACACCACCUGCUACCCCAACCACAAAUUAUCCACCAAAACUUUACCGUAGGUAGGAAAGACUCUUAAAGGCUUCUUCCUUCGUUAGCUUCCAACCACAAAAUCAGUGGAGAAUGUUCUCUACCAUCAUCGCCAUCGCCAUUCUACUCACAGGAGCUUUUCAGCCCUUACAUGCUGCUUUACCACACCGUGCCAACGGAAUAGUCGAUACAAGGUCAUUAACAAGCAGUCUGCAAGCUGCUGACACCGAAAAAUUGUUAAGGGAUCAUGAAGAAUCACCAUCUUCAUUGAUCAUCUGUGAUUAUGAUGAUGUUCUAACCGAUCCGACAAAAGAUAAAAAUAAAAAGUAUCCCAGAGUCAUUAGGGCUCUGGAAAAACUUGCUGCGAACAAAAAGAAUGAAGUCUGGAUCAUAACCGGGCGACCUCGGAACGGUCUCCCCGAUUUCAUUCGCAAUAUUCCCAAUCUAAACCUAGGGGAGGGAAGAGGGACGUACAUCCAAACGGCCGCGGGCAUAAGUAAACCAGAACUGAAUCUACCGGAGGCGAUAAACUUAAAACAUGAGAUUCUUAGAAUUGUUGCACCAUUUGUCCCGGCAGAUCAAUUGCAUUUGACCGAAGAGACGUAUUCAGUGCGUUUUAUAUGCACUAAGGAGCAAGCGAAUAAAAUACUGCCCGUUUUAGACGAUCGUUUGAGAACGGAGCAUAAAUUCAAGGAUUACGAAAGAUCACACGUUGAGGACGUAGCACACCGUUAUGGUAACCGUUAUGAUGCGAUCAUGCUCAGCCAUAAGACCGCGUAUGACAAGGGAAACUUAGUGAACAAAUUACUUGAAGAUAGAUUGACGAGAGAAAACCCGAUCAAGUUUGCUAUCUGUUUUGGUGACGAGCGCAUAGAUGAGCCCAUGCAUGAAGCAAUGACCAGAAGAAGUUUCCCGGCUAUUUUUGUCGGUCAAACGGGUCAAAACGUCCCUCGAAAGACCCAUGCAUCGGCAAGAAUGUCAUCACAUCAGGAUGUUGUAGAGUUCUUAGAACGCAUGAGUGGCAUAAGUCAGGAAGGUUCUAAAAGAAAUGGUUCUUGUUUUAAAUUUUUCAAGAGGUAAAAUGGAGUACUUCCCAGCAGGUUUAUGUACAGGAAUUUGAUUCUUAAAUACAUGUUAAUCCAUCUUCUUGGAAAUACAAUUAUGAUUUAUCAACCAAGA